AUGACCCCAUUCGAGUUUGGAUGCUACAGUCGCCGCUUAUGGCACAUUGAGAAGAUAAAUGUUCGUCUCCGAGAUAUAUGUUUCAGCGAGGGGAUCGUCGACCAGCUGCCCGACCACAAGAUUGCCUCCAUGGACAAGAGUUUCGAGUCUCUGUAUACGCCAUUCUAUCUCGAUCGUGAGAUUAUCCGAUGGCAACCCAGCCAGCAGAACAAGGCGCUCCGGUGGCGCCUCCUUCGCGAGUCUAUCUUUGACCAACUAAACCUUUCGGAGAAGAACCCUGAAAUCGACCCCCUCCUUAUCGUGAUGCGACGCAUUGCAGCUGAAAAGGUUAAACAGUUGGUGGAGCCGUUCAAGGCUGCGGGGGCGGCGACAAGGGAGCUGAAUGCAGAAAUCGAAGACGUAAUGCGUGCGGCCAGACGCGUACUACUGCACGAUAGUAGUGCUAAUACUCUGUUUACGAUAUCAAGGACCAAAGCUCCGGACAGCCACUGUUGCUGUACUCGCAACUCAUCAGCGCGGCCCAAAAAGUCAACCUCUGCGGCGCCUCCCACCCAGAUGCGUCUGAGGAUCGCAUCUGCAUAA